AUGUUCACCAUAAUGGCACCUGCAAGAGUGGCCAAACUACGGGCUGAGCUCUUCCUGCUGUUUCUUUGCUUGACACUACAUGCCGGCAUGCUUCAGUUCGCUGCAGCAACAAUACAAGGGUACAUCGGAGACAGGGACAUGAUAUGCCCAUCUGUAUGCAGGUGCGAUGAGGACUUCAUCUACUGCAAUGAUCGUGGCCUGAACUCCAUCCCGUCACUGCCUCCUUCUGCGUCCGUCCUCUACCUUCAGAACAACCACAUUAACAACCCAGGCUUGCCCACUUCCUUGGAGCGCCAUCUUGCCGUCCGUGUGGUCUACCUCUAUGAUAAUGAACUAGAUGAAUUCCCCAUGCACCUGCCACCAUCUGUGCGUGAGCUGCAUUUGCAGGACAACAACAUCCGCACUAUUCCUCGGAGUGCGCUGGCUCGGAUGCCCUUUUUAGAGAAGCUCCACUUGGAUGACAACUCUAUUUCCACAGUUAGCAUCGAGGAUCAGGCUUUUGCUGACAACCCACGGUUGCGCCUGCUUUUCCUUUCACGCAACCAUCUGUCUAGUAUUCCCUCAGGACUGCCUGCCUCUCUGGAAGAACUCCGUCUGGAUGACAACCGCAUCUCAACAAUCCCAACCCACGCCUUCCGAGGCCUCACCUCACUUAGAUGUCUUGUCCUGGAUGGCAAUCUGUUGGCGAACCAGCGCAUCGCAGAUGACACAUUCUCCCGCCUCUCCAACUUGACCGAGUUAUCCCUAGUCCGUAACUCCCUCCAGACCCCACCCGUCAACCUGCCCAGCGCCCAUCUGCAGCGCCUGUCUCUCCAGGACAAUGCCCUUACUCAUAUGCCACGGGGUUCGUUGGAUGGCAUGCAUAGGCUGCAGAGGUUGGACCUGUCGGGAAACAACCUGACCACCCUGCCGAGGGGACUGUUCAAAGACUUGGACAGCCUGGGUCAGCUGCUGGUUCGAGGUAAUCCUUGGCACUGUGGCUGUAACCUGCGCUGGUUGUAUGACUGGCUGCAUGCCCGUGGUAACUCCAUCACUGUCAGAGGUCUCACCUGCCAUGGACCUGACAGAGUGCGAGACAUGGCUUUGACAGAUCUGACCAGCGAGAUGGAGGAAUGUGAGGUGGUGAGGACAGCAGGGACCAGAGACAGAAUGGGUGGAGGUGGAGUGGAUAGCUCUACUACUCAGACCCCUCCACAGGGCUCCCUCUUCACCCUUCGCUCAAAACGACCUGGACUGGGGCUUCCUGACUCUGACUACACUCUUAGCAGCAGUGGUGUGGGGAAGAGCCUGGCCCUCAACGUGAAACCUCUCUCUCAUAACAGCGUCCGUGUUACCUGGAGUGUGGCCCAGCCCAGCUCCUCCUUCAGGCUGAGCUGGCUCCGACUGGGCACUGGGAAUGCCAUGGGAUCAAUUACAGAGACGUUGGUCCGGGGUGACCGUCGAGAGUACCUUCUUACCUCUUUGCAACCACGCUCGAGCUAUAUCAUCUGCAUGGUGCCCCUGCCGGCAAGUUCAGAAAGCAAAGGGGUGAUUUCUGCAGAUGCUGACUCUGAUGAAGCUCUGGUGUGCGCAAAAGCUGAAACGUCAGACCUCAGCCCGCUAGAGGAGGAGGAGGAUGAAGAUUCACAGAAAAUGACAGCACUGCCCUUGGCAGGGAUUAUUGGUGGGGCUACCGCCAUUGUAUCUUUGGCUCUUAUUUUUGGCAUCUUCUGUUGGUAUGGACAUAGGACUGGACAUUUGUGUUCCCGUGACCACUAUACUCGCAGCAGCUCUCGAAAAAGCAAAAACUAUGAUGAUUACAUUGAGUCAGGCACCAAGAAGGACAAUACCAUCUUGGAGAUCCGUGGCCCUGGGUUCCAGAUGACGCCUAUGGCGGCUUGCCAGCCAAUGCAGCCUAAACCCCUACGAGAGGAUUACAUCAUUCAUACCAUAUUCCCCUCCAAUGGCACUGGCCUGUACAAAGGUGUUAACCAUGUUUCUAAUGCAGGACAUGGCACCAACCGUGGCUAUAGAGAAGGAGGAAUCCCAGAUAUAGACUACUGUUACACAUGA